AUGCCGAUGGAGCCCGCCGUGAAAUCACCGAGAGGAUGGUAUUUCAAGGUUGGUGCUGGCAUCCGCAUACCACCAAACUCACUCAAGCUCAGCAAUUCCUGGGGCGUCGAUUUUAGCAAUGUGUCGAAGAUACCAUCUAUGGGUAACAGAUUCGUGGACUGGAAGGGCAAUGUACUACUGUCUGUCCCAUACAAUGACAUGAGGAGUCGAUAUGGAGCUCCGUACUACUUCCUACAUCGAGCGGAUCUGGUCAAGCUGCUUGCGAAGACAGCACAGCGUAGCCCAAAGAUCGAGCUGAGGAUGGACUGCAGAGUUGCCGGAUACGACUUGGACGCCCCCUCCGUCUCUCUGGCAAACGGGGAAAUGCUGACGGCUGACCUCAUAGUCUGCGCCGAUGGCAUCAAGUCCGCUGUGCGCGAUAGGAUCAACGGCCGUCCUCUCCCACCGCAAGACACCGGCGACGUGGCUUACCGCAUCCUUGUGCCGGCGAAACCUCUUCUCGUCGACCCGGACAUGGCCCAUCUGGUCCAAAAUCCAUGGGCAGUGCACUGGAUGGGACCAGAAGGCCACGCUGUAGGUUACCCGCUUCGAGAUGGCGAGCUCUACAACAUCAUCAUUGACGUUACGCAUUCUUCUGAUCGGGGCGAGCCGUUGCCUGAUGAAGGACACGUGUGGAAGUCUGCACGCAGCAAUAGUGAGCUGGUCGAGCGCUUUAAAGAUUGGUGUCCAGAGGUUCAGAAGUUGUGCGCUAUGACGGGACAAUAUCUUAAAUGGAAGCUUGCCGACUUUGAUUCACUCGAUCAUUGGGUGGGUGAGAGUGGUAAGGUGUGUUUACUGGGCGAUGGCUGUCACCCCAUGAUGCCGUAUAUGGCACAAGGCGCGGCCCAAGCCACAGAAGACGCUGCUGCCCUUGCCGCAGCCCUCCGUCGAAGUUCAAAUAUACCAGGGGCUCUGCAAACGUACGAGCGAGUACGCAAGCCGCGGACAACAUACGUCGCCCGUAACACUAGAGUGCUUCAGGAAUGGUUGCACCUGUAUGAUGGUCCAUAUCGAGAUGAACGAGAUCGAAUGAUGGCCCAGGACGACGAAACAAAUCCGAUAUUCUGGGGUUGGAGCAAGCGGAAGGACUGGUUGUUUGGGUACGAUGCCAGUAAGCUGGAAGAGGAAGAGAUCCCGACGCUACCUCCUAUGCCGCCGGAUGAGGCCCGAGUGUAUCUUGAUAAGCGUGUGCAUUUGAGAAACGAGAGUCGUCUGUAG